GUAAGUUUCAUUGGCAAAUGAUUACGGAGUAAAUUGAGACCAAGUCUUGUUUUCUCUCUCUCAGACUCCAUAAAAUCAGCUGUACAUUCUUACACCUUGAAAAACUCAAACUUACCUGCAAAAUACCUUAGCAGCAGCCAUGGAUGUCAGAAACAAUCCAUGCAUCAUGCCUUUCGUUAUUUUCAUAUGCUUUUCUCUCAAGCCCCAUGUCUCCCUUGGAGCUGAUACAAUCUCUGCAAACAGCUCUCUUUCUGGAGACCAAACUAUUGUCUCAGCAGGAAAAGUCUUCGAACUUGGUUUCUUCAAGCCAGGUAACUCCUCAAACUACUACAUAGGCAUGAGGUAUUAUAGAGAUAAGGUGUCUAAACAGACCAUAGUUUGGAUGGCAAACAGAGAGACACCUGUUUCUGAUAGAUUUUCUUCGGAGUUAAGAAUAUCUGAUGGGAAUUUAGCUCUCUUUAAUGAGUCCAAGAUCCUAAUUUGGUCCACAAAUUUGAGCUCUAGUAGCUCUAGAUCUGUGGAAGCAGUACUUGGUAAUGAUGGAAAUCUAGUUUUGAGAGAUGGGUCUAAUCCAUCAUUGUCACCACUAUGGCAGUCUUUUGAUUUUCCAGCUGAUACAUGGCUGCCUGGUGCUAAGGUUGGAUUGAGCAAAAUCAACAACAGGAACACACGUCUCAUUUCAUGGAAAAGCAAAGAUAAUCCUGCACCGGGUCUUUUCUCUCUUGAGCUAGACCCAAAUCAGAGUCGAUAUUUGAUCUUCUGGAAGAGGUCCAUACAGUAUUGGACCAGUGGAGAAUGGAAUGGACAGAUUUUCAGCUUAGUUCCUGAAAUGAGAUUGAAUUAUAUCUACAACUUUAGUUAUGUUAGCAAUGAUAAUGAGAGCUACUUCACCUAUUCAGUGUACAACAGUACAGUCAUAUCUCGGUUUGUGAUGGAUGAUGGCGGGCAGAUUCAACAGCUAACAUGGUCGGCGAGUACCAACGAAUGGUUUUUGUUCUGGUCUCAACCAAAGACGCAAUGUGAGGUGUAUGCUUACUGUGGGGCUUUUGGAAGCUGUAAUGCGAAAUCACAGCCUUUCUGCGACUGCCUGAGAGGUUUCAACCCGAAAUCGACGGGAGACUGGUAUUCGGAGGUUUUUUCUGGGGGAUGUGAGAGGGCAACAAAUCUGCAGUGUGGGAAUUCUAGUGUUGUUAAUGGGAAGAGUGACAGAUUUUUCCCAAGUUACAAUAUGGAGUCGCCUGCAAAUCCACAGAUAGUAGUGGCAGCUGGGAGUGCACGGGAAUGUGAAUCAACUUGCUUGAAGAAUUGCUCUUGUACUGCCUAUGCUUUUGAUGGUGGUCAGUGCUCAGCUUGGUCCGGCGAUCUAUUGAAUAUGCAACAACUUGCAGAUGGUACAGAUGGAAAAUCUAUCUAUAUCAGGCUUGCAGCUUCUGAGUUUUCAAGUUCUAAGAAUAAUAAAGGAAUAGCUAUUGGCGGUGCUGUGGGCUCAGUGGUGAUAGUGUCUCUCCUUGCCCUUGUUCUGUUCAUUUUCUUGAGAAGGAGAAAAACAGUAAAAAUGGGCAAAGCAGUAGAUGGUUCACUGAUGGCUUUUGGAUACAGAGAUUUACAGAGUGCGACGAAGAAUUUCUCUGAGAAACUGGGGGGAGGAGGUUUUGGUUCUGUUUUCAAAGGGGUGUUGCCUGAUACUAGUGUCAUAGCUGUGAAGAAGCUUGAAAGCAUCAGCCAAGGAGAGAAGCAAUUCCGCUCAGAAGUCAGCACUAUCGGGACAAUCCAGCACGUCAAUCUGGUUCGCCUUCGUGGGUUCUGCUCAGAGGGAAAUAAGAAGCUGUUGGUCUACGACUACAUGCCGAAUGGUUCUCUUGAUUCCCUUCUUUUCAGUGAGAAAAACACAAAGGUCUUAGACUGGAAAACUAGGUACAGUAUUGCUUUGGGGACAGCUAGAGGAUUGAACUAUCUCCAUGAGAAAUGCAGGGACUGUAUCAUACACUGCGAUAUAAAGCCUGAGAACAUCCUUUUAGAUGCUCAGUUUUGCCCAAAAGUGGCUGAUUUUGGCCUGGCAAAGCUCGUCGGCCGGGAUUUUAGCAGGGUGCUGACAACCAUGAGAGGUACAAGAGGCUAUCUAGCUCCAGAGUGGAUUUCAGGAGUGGCUAUAACAGCCAAAGCAGACGUUUACAGUUAUGGAAUGAUGAUUUUUGAAGUUGUAUCAGGAAGGAGAAACUCUGAGCAAUCUGAAGAUGGGAAAGUGAAGUUCUUCCCAAGUUAUGUUGCAAACCAAAUCAAUCAAGAGCACGGUGACAUCCUUAGCUUGUUGGACCACAGGUUGGAGGGGGAUGCUGAUCUUGAAGAGCUAACAAGAGUCUGUAAAGUUGCUUGCUGGUGCAUCCAAGAUGAAGAAACCCAAAGGCCAUCAAUGGGCCACGUAGUUCAGAUCCUCGAAGGGGUUGUGAGCGUGAAUCCACCUCCAACUCCAAGAUGUCUCCAAGUGUUUGACAACCAGGAGAACAUAAUUUUCUUCACAGAAUCAUCCUCCAGCCAAAGUUCACAGGCACAGAGCCACACCUCAACUGCUUCUACUCAGUCUAAGAACACCACAUCAAACAAAAGUCCCAAGUCUUAAAAAGAGAACCAAAGAAGGACGCCGAGAAAUCUGGUUCAAGUAACUGUAAUACUGCUAUUAUAUUUGAGAAUGCAAGAGUCUUAGUUAAUUGUAAAAGUUAGUUUUCUGAGAGUGGCAAAAUCCUAGUACUGUUGUAAAAGCCUUUCUUCUUAAAUAAUCUCCAAAGCUAUGGCAUGCUUCAUGCUUCA